UUACUGCGCAUGUACGGAAGUGGAUUUGAUAAAUCUUGGGUAGGAUGGAGUGGUGAAUAUGUGACAGGACAAUAAAGACCGUAUCAUUUGAAGAUUUAUGUUUAGAGAAAGUAUAAACUUGGGCUAAUGGCUAACACAGCCCAAUUAGACUCGGGUAUACUUCGUAGAAAUCCACAGGAUGAUUUUGAAUUGAUACAACGAGUGGGGAGUGGAACGUACGGGGAUGUUUACAAGGCCAGGAACCUAAACACUGGAGAGCUGUCGGCCAUCAAGGUCAUCAAGCUAGAGCCAGGAGAUGACUUCGCCGUCAUUCAGCAGGAGAUUGUGAUGAUGAAGGACUGUAAGCACACUAAUAUUGUGGCUUACUUUGGCAGUUACCUCAGGAGAGACAAGCUAUGGAUUGCCAUGGAGUACUGUGGAGGGGGUUCCAUGCAGGACAUAUAUCACAUCACAGGUCCGCUGUCGGAACCCCAGAUUGCCUUUGUGUGUCGUGAAACACUCAAAGGACUUAUGUACCUCCACAGUCGCGGCAAGAUGCACCGAGACAUAAAGGGUGCCAACAUAUUACUAACAGACGAAGGUGAUAUAAAACUUGCUGACUUCGGAGUGUCGGCCCAGAUAACUGUGACGAUGAACAAGAGAAAGUCUUUCAUAGGAACUCCCUACUGGAUGGCCCCUGAGGUGGCUGCAGUGGAGAGGAAGGGAGGUUACAACCAACAGUGUGAUAUCUGGGCGGUGGGCAUCACAGCUAUAGAGUUCGCUGAGCUACAACCUCCCAUGUUUGACCUUCACCCAAUGAGAGCAUUGUUCCUGAUGUCAAAAAGUGGAUUCAAACCCCCUCAGCUGAAAGACAAGACAAAGUGGUCUCCAACAUUUCAACAUUUCGUAAAAGUUGCACUCACAAAAAAUGCCAGGAAACGACCAACAGCUGAUAAAUUAUUAGAGCACCUGUUUAUGCAAAGUGACCUGUCUCGGCGACUGACGAGAGAAAUCCUGGACAAGGCUCGCAACCCAACCAACACUUUCGAAAUCAUGGUUGAAGAUGAAGAUGGGAUCAUACAGAACAUUCAGCAGAGGAUACCGUCACAACGAUCUGCUCGUAAUAACCCUGCUCGCAACAGCAUAGAACUUAAAGUAAAUAUUCCUCAGCCUGACCAGGACGAGAGAUUCUACACGGGCCAGGCUUGGAUGGAUAACGACAUCUCUAACCAGGGUCUGCUCCAGUCAGUUGAUGAAGAGUUACAGCGGAGAUUUGAUAUCUACGAACACAUUCCAGAUAUUGAUAGUGACAGGUUUGGAGGACAUCGUGACAGCUUAAUUGAGGAUGAGCUCAACGACCAGUUUGUCUCGCCCUCACAACAAUCCACCUUACAAGUGAACCCCCCUCCACUACCUCCCAGAAAGUUCUCCCAGGACUCCAACUGUAAUGAGGGUGGGAAUAAUGAACCGGGGGCCGAGUUGUUGGACAUGGAUCCACCAGACAUUGACAACCUCAUUGACCGCGUGCUGACCUUGACCCCAGACUCACGACCCCCAACAGAAGAGGAAACAGAGGUGCCGCCAGCCAUUCCUCCCAAACUACGCACACAGAACGGUGUGAUAAACAGUAUGGGGAAUGGGAGCACACCAACCACCUCAGAAGACCGACCACCUCCUGUUGUACCACGCAGAGACAAAAAGGACCAGCAAGAGAAGUCUUUACGCCCUGUUAGUAACGGACUACCACCAACACCCAAGGUCCAUAUGGGUGCCUGUUUUUCCAAGGUUUUCAAUGGGUGUCCAUUGCACAUAAACUGUACGGCUAGCUGGGUACAUCCAGAUACCAGAGACCAAUACAUACUUAUCGGUGCCAACGAGGGUAUGUAUACCCUCAACAUGAACGAACUCCACGAGGCUUCACUAGAGCUGCUACAUGCGAGAAGAUGUACGUGGGUGUAUGUGAUCAAGGAUGUGCUCAUGUCCCUCUCAGGUAAAACCCCUCACCUGUACCGACACGACCUAAUGAUGUUGUUCAGUCGUCAGACCACCAGGUUCUCACUCCCGAUGAACAAGAUACCAGAGAAAUUAGUCCCUAGGAAGUUCAACCCGACGACGAAGGUUCCGGACACGCGGGGCUGUACUAGGUGCUGUGUGGGGAGGAACCCCUACAAUGGGUACAAGUAUCUGUGUGGGGCUCUCCAUAACGGCAUCAUACUUAUGCAGUGGUACGAACCCCUCAAUAAGUUCAUGCUCCUAAAGUCAUUUGAGUGUGACGAGAUGUCAAUCCAGCCGACAGUUUUUGAGAUGUUUAUCUCCCCUGAACUGGAGUACCCCAUGGUGUGUCUGGGAAUUAGGGUCGGGGAUGAGAAGAUCUUACUCAAGUUUGAUAUAAUUAACUUGAAUUCCAACUCCAACUGGUUUACAGAGAUAACAGAAAACAGGGAUGGAGAAGAACUACCUGUUGUCAAUGUGACACAGCUGGAGAAAGAUACAAUUCUAGUCUGUUUUGAUAAAUAUAUAAAAGUUGUAAAUAUGUCAGGAAAGUUGAAGUCUAGUAAGCGCCAGGCGGCAGAGUUACAUUUCGAUUCCUCUGUGGAAUCCUUGGUGUGCUUACAAGACAGCGUUUUAGCCUUCCACAAGCAUGGUAUGCAGGGACGGAGCUUUAAGGCAAAUGAAGUAACACAAGAAAUCUGUGAUCGAAGUCGAAUAUUCAGACUGUUAGGAUCAGAUAGAGUGAUCCUCCUUGAGAGUAGGCCAACUGAUGACCCAACUGCUAACUCCAAUCUGUAUGUGUUAGCAGGCCAUGAGAACAUGUUCUAGGAAUCAGGCACUGUGGUAGACGCCUGGGACUUAUAGGAUUAAGUUCUUCACAGACAGUUCAGUAACUAGGAUGUUCGGCGGACAUGAUGUGGCCUGAGAGAAAAAAAACAUUGUACAUCCAUGGUCAUAUCGGCCUGAUGACACCGAGUCGAAAGUGGCUAUAUAUAGACGUGGAAAUGUACAAACACAGACAGAUGGUUAUGGAGUUGAUCAAUACCACUUGCUUAACAUAUAAAAUACAGUGACAACUCUAAUACUAUUCUGAUUCAACCUUUUGACCUUCCAAUACUUGACACAUUCUUUUUCAUCAGCAAUCAGCUUCACCCUUGACCUGUGAUCUUGACCGUUGGUCAGUUUGUUUGACCAACAGCAGAGACAUGAGUAAGAGUGUAUCAGGAAUCGACCUACAACCCAGCCAUUGAAGUACUUCACUGAAAAGUCUGCUUGAUUUUAAUGGACGUUGUAUGAUAAUAUUGUUAUAACAUGGAUGUGGCUGUGGAUUAUAGACAAUCCAGAUCAUUUGUUAUGUGCAUUUGACUUUGGUUUUUUUGUUCUAUAGCUUGGCACCAACCAACCUUCCAGCAGACUGUCUCAUCCCUCCUCUCCCUACCAUAAUUAAACCAAUCUACAUUUUCACUGUGAUCAGUAUUUCCCUGGGCUGCAUUUGUGGUCAUGAACAUCGUUAUAACAUGAAUGGUGCACUGUUUAAAAUUAGAAGGAAAGUCAAGAGCUGUAAUUUUCCUGUAGGAGAAAUCUGUGGCAGGAACCAUUUUCAAAUAAUUCUGGGAGGAAAAUAUAUCCAUAUAAAUUUCCUUGCCGAAACUCUCCGAUUCCUUAGCUUGCUACAUUUGUGCAUGUGGGCGAGUACACAAUCCACUGGCUGUCAGUGACAAAUGCCUGAAGCAAAGCUCCUGUGAUGUUUUAUUGCGUAGGAGCGGGUGUGUAUCCGUGCGAGUCUGUGUGUGUAUGGGCAGGUGUGUAACAAGAUGUAAAAUACUGCAUGUGAAUCCACGAUUUUUCAGAAUAUCAUGUUUUUCGUGUGUAGAGACCGACGUUCAGUUCUUUUCUUAUGUUCUUGUGGCCUAUUUAUUAUUACCUGUGGCUCAUCAGUUAGAUAUCAAGAUUGUUGUAAUUAUCCAGUUGAUUAGACGCAUCAUUUUGUUUUGCACCAUCACAAACACUCUCCAGCAUGACUUGAUUACUUGCGACAUAGAUAACCACAAUCCCUUCACCAUAAAACGUACAGUAUAUCCUGGUCAUGAGAUAGUGAAACUGUCAAUGGCUCAAGUGCAAAUUUUAGAUAUCAUUUAAAUAGCCAGAUACUUUUCUCAUUAAAAUCAGUUAAUUUUCUGAAAUAUGUUUUUGAAAAAUGUGAAUAACUGGGAAAAAAAAUGACUUCCUGUUUCAGCAUAGGUUUCAGUUUCAAGAAAGCUCCUUAGCUUCGGAAAUGUAUUCAUUUUCAAUAGGAAUUUAUAAUUGAAGUAUAAAAAAAAAUCUUAACUUUUCCUUAACUCUAGUAAUGUUUUCCUAUGUGAAAAGUUAAGAAAUUUCUUCUAGUUGUGGAGCUGGAGCCUGGAUUGUUAAAUACAAUUAGCAGCCAGAUUUGUAUUGGGUCAAGGUAUACUUAACUGUUGUAGCCAAGUAUGAUGGGAUAAGGGUUUUUUGGGGUUUUUUGUCCAGGUGGUUUCAUGCUGACAAUAUCACAACUUCAAAUUCAUAUCGUAUCAAGAUGAAAUUGAUUCAUUUUUCAUAUAUUUUUUCUCCUGUAAAUUGAAGAUGAUAGUUUAUUACAAAUUAUCACAAAUUAAAAUCUAUUGCAAAUAGGUAUUUACUCCAGCACAUGGCUACAUAUUGACUAUUAUUCUUUACUGGGUUUUAGAUUCCUCAUACAAAUUUAAAUGUUUCAGUAGGUAUGCAAUACAAUUACAGUACAUUACGUUGAAAUGAAUACUUCGCAGACAUCUAUGUUCUUUGCGUACCAUUAAAAUGAAUACAUUAAAGAUAUCAGUGUUGUUUGGACACCAUUGAAAUAAAUGCGUUACGGUCAUCAAUGUUGUGCUGGAAACAUUUGAAUAUGUACCUUUCAGUUGCAUGGUUUCAAUUAUCUGUUCAAUCGAUUUUAACACUGUACUUUUUUUAUACAGGCUACACUUUAUAACUUUGUUGUUGAUUCUGAACAGUUUUAUGUUGUUAGUAAAAUGAAGAUACUUUGAUACUUUGCAUUGUUCAUAUAAUAACCCCUGUAUGCCUAAGGUUCGCAACUGACAGGAUGUUCUAAUUUUGACCUCUUCCCAAGAAUGUGCUUUUUCGGAAUGAAAGGGUUAAAUUGUAUGUUACAAAGUUUCAUUUCAAUUUGUGAACUUGUAUUCGUAUAUUCAUUAUUUAAUUAUUAUUUUUAUUCUCAUGAAUAUGCAUGAGUUGUACAGGAAUUUGAUUUGUUUGUCCUAAUUAAUUUAUCAUGUACAUGUACUACAUUUGUGUUAUGUCUCGAUCAUUUUACUUAAUGUACAUUUUUGUAUUGUAACUUGUUUUUAUUGAGUAUGUAUUUGUAGGUAAUUACCUUUUCACCAGAAUUAUACAUGUAUAUGCUGUGUACAGACUGUAACUAUAUAUACAUUGUUAUAUGAAUCAUAUACACUAAGUGUAUUGCUCACUCCAGAAUAACUAUAGGGUAGUUCUAGCCAAAAUCAAUCCAAAGUGAUGGUCUGGGUCAAUUCAGGCACAUACAUGUAUACUGACUUCUUGUUAUUGAACUCACUCACCCCUGAAGACACAUUUGAACUCUUCCAAUUCUAAGGUUGGAAUGGUUCAUUAUGAAACUUCAAGGGUGAAUGAGUUAAAUGAAGUCUCCAAGGGUCAAGGCUACCUCCCAUCAUGACCUUGUUUGUCUUACUGACACUUUCCCUAGAUUUUAGUGUCCAAGAGAUAUGUAUGUGGAAAGGGUCUGUUAAAUUACAAAAUCAUCCACAUAGUCAUAUUAACUCAUUCACCCCUGAAAUUUUAUAAUGGACUAUUCUAACCUUGGAAUUGGAAGAGUUCAAAUGCGUCUUCAGGGGUGAAUGAGUUAACAUCCAUUGUAAUUGCAUACCUUUUUUGUUUUGUUGAAACCUUCUUGCACACAACUUUGUACUGGUUCUAUGUAAGAACAUGCUAUAAAUACAUAUCUAUUCCCAAGUUAUCAUAUGACAGAGCUGAUUUUAAUCACAUCAUUUACAGGAAAUUGUGUAUGUAUCAUUCAUUUUAGUCACUAAAAUGCUCAUUCAGUUAUAAGAAUGAAAAGCAUGUUAUAAUUCACAAUCAAAAAUUGAAGUAUCUAUAAUUUUCUUUUUGUAAAAAAGGACAUAAUAUAAUCAUACAGCACAUUCUAUACCAUCCCAAGAGAAAUUUAGUGGACUAAGUAGGCUUCCCAUUGAUUGACACAGUAGACUAGCAGGGGUCAUAGGUCAGCUAGCAGGGUCAAGAUUAUACAAGCAAGGGCAAAAGGUCGCUUAGCAGGUUCAGGGUUAGACUAGCAAGGUCUGAGUUCAGCUAGCAGGAUCAGGGUUAGACUAGCAGGGUCAGAGUUCAGCCAGCAGUCAGAUGUUAACUAGCAGGGCCAGAGUUCAGCCAGCAGUCAGAUGUUAGCUAGCAGGAUCAGGGUUAGACUAGCAGGGUCAGAGUUCAGCUAGCAGUCAGAUGUUAGCUAGCAGGACCAGGGUUAGACUAGCAGGGUCAGAGUUCAGCCAGCAGUCAGAUGUUAGCUAGCAGGAUCAGGGUUAGACUAGCAGGGUCAGAGUUCAGCCAACAGUCAGAUGUUAGCUAGCAGGAUCAGAGUUAGACUAGCAGGGUCCGAGUUCAGCCAGCAGUCAGAUGUUAGCUAGCAGGGCCAGGGUUAGAUUAGCAGGGACAGAGUUCAGCUAGCAGAGUCGGUGAUAAACUAUCUCGUUUCAAAAUUCAACUACCGGUAUGGAGGUGAAAUUUAUGCAAUCAGAGUUCAGAUAGCAGUUAGCUAGCAGGGCCAGAGGUCAAAUAUUAGAGCUAAGAUGUAGGUUAGCAGAGUCCAAUUUAGCAUGAUCAGAAGUUACCUUGGACUAUAAAUCUGCUGUGUGUAGGGUAAUUUAUAUCUUGAUGGCCUUUCAAAGAGUUCAAUGAAAUCCAUCGAUUACAUGUGAUACUAUAGGUAGGCUGGCACUGAUACCUCCAUAGCACUGGAGAGUCGGCUUGAGCUGAAGCCUUUACAUGAGAAAGAGUGUUAUCCAAUUUUGUUAGUGUGGAAUGGAAAUUGCGAGUCCAGAGGAUGGAGAUAAUCUGUAGUACAUACCGGUAAUAUGGUAACCAAUUACUAUGUGUUGCUGCAGACUCAUUAUCAAUUAGUUUAUAUUAUUAAAUUAUAAAUAACUAAAUUAUCACAAAAAACACAUAAUUUGUUUACUUGUUUCUUUUCUCAAACAUGAGGUUAUUAUAUUUAUAUAUAUAUCUUAAAUUUAAAUGAUAACGUGUGUUCAUUUUACAAUGUAAAUGUAUAUUAAUGUUCAUUAAUUAUUAUCUACAAAUUGUCAAGACAGUUUCUGGUCAACUUGAGCCAAAGUAUUGGUCUGUAUUGAUCAGUUACUUGUAGACAAUCAUUAGUUUUAAGGUAGACAUGCUCCCCAGUAACCAGUUGUUUACUGGUAAACAUGUUCCCCAGUAACCAGUUGUUUACUGGUAAACAUGUGUCCUGGUAACCAGUUGUUUACUGGUAAACAUGUGCCCUGGUAACCAGUUGUUUACUGGUAAACAUGUACCCAGUCAAGUUAAGUAGAUUGAUCUUGCCAGAGACAUGCAGGUUAGUUGCUCAAUGUUAGAAGAAUUGCCAUGGCAGGAUAGGAAACUUCUCCAAGUUUUUUUGUACUACCUACAGAACAUGUUUUGUUGUUAUCAUUUAUUUAGUAAUAGGUGUAGAUGAUUGGGGUCAGGUGUUCAAGGUUUAGUAAAAUUUACAUGUUUUCUUUAGUUUACCCUUUUUCUUGGUUCUUAGUAUGGUUAGACUACUACUGGAGCAAUGUUGGUCGCUAGACCCAAAUUGCUUUUUCCUAAAUCAAAUCAAAUUCACUGUAUAAGGAUUAAAAAUUGAAGUUAAUUCUACAAAUGCAGGAAAACCGUGAAGGUAGACAGAAAACGGAAUCUUGAGUGGGGGAGGGGGGUCAGUAAGUGAGAUGAGAUGGUAAGUGAAACUGUACAUGUUUCAUGGUUUAGCUUUACAGAAAGAUGCUUUGUAACUGUUACAUGGACCAUCAUUCGUUUAACGUUCGAGCUCUUCACCAUUAUAGAACCCAUUAAGGUAUUGUUUUUCACUAGUAUUAGUCAUAUCUUAACCGCACUGGCCUGUCACUACAGUAUCACAAUAAUCCAAAAGCCAUAGAUUGUUCUGUGCACAUGAAUGUUUUAAGUCUGAGGCUGUACAGCAUCAGAGCCUACAUGCUUAACUCAUCCACCCCUGAAGACACAUUUGAACUCUUCCAACUCAUAGAUUGGAAUAGUUCAUUAUGAAAUUUCAGGGAGGAAUGAGUUAAAAGGUGAAUGCCUGCAGGUUUUAACAGAUUAAACCAGUAUAUAUUAAGAAACCUUUGUUUCUGUGAGAAUUUGUCGGAGAUCUUCCAAUAUUUUAAAAGGUAUCAAGCUUUCUUGAUAUUGGGUAGAAUAUAUGUCUAAUUAUCAUUUGGUGAAGGCAACAGAACCUUUUGCUAUCAUUUUCUUCAAUUGAUACGGUUGACAGUUAGGUAGUUUCAAAUCAAGUGAAAAUGGUCGAAGGAACAACAGCUGGAAUACAAUUUCUGCUAUAGUUUUUCUGCGAUGGUUGUAAAAUUAACAGGAAUAUAUUAUAAUUAUUACCAGUAAUUGAAUUGAGAGCAUUUACCUUUCUGCCUUUGUUCUGCAUCGCUGCGUACUGUGAACCAUAAUGAUUAACUGUUCCGAGAAACAUGUCUAGUUAUUGUACAUAACUCAUAUUUAUAUAUAAUAUAUAUCAACUGAUCUUACAAGCUGUUUGCUAUGCAAUAUUAUGAAUAAGCACCAAAUUUAUUUUUCUUCACUUUAGUGACUUUCAAGUUAUUUACUACAUUGGAACAGUUUUAGCUUGCAGGUAAUGGUAUGGUUUCUGGGGGGAAAUUUCAGGUGUUGAAGUGUCUGGAUGUCAGUACUCUGAAGUAGAAAGUUUUGCUUACAAUAUGUAUUUUGAAUUUAACUGAAUCAUCUCUGUCAAACGCAAACAUAGCGAUACCUUAGCGAUGACAUAUAUGGAUUCCAGUAUAGCCAAUGCGCACCACCAAAAAUUUGUUUGAAAAUUUUACUUUUAAGGUAUCUGGCAGAUUAUUUUUAAGAUCAUUGGAUUCUAAAUCAACAGGGUUCCAUUGUAAUUUUAAAUCUGUUGAUAGGAUGUAUAUUUUAUACAGUGAGAAAGAAAAAAACCACUUAAAAGCCCCGUCUACAUUGUAUUUGCAUUUCAAUUGAAUUGUGAAUAUAUAUUGAAGUGGAAUGCACUAUUGACUGAUACAGUUAUAAGUGAGCAUACUUGCUUGUCUACUUAAUUGACUGUUUUGAAAUAUAAAAUAUGUGUUAUGUUAAUUGGUGCUUUUGUCUUAAUCAAGAGCUUAGGCGCAAUGCCUAUGCAUAGUGUAUGCAUCUGGAUGGAGUAAAAUGAUGCAAGUGAUCGUUAAACUUAGAUAUUUUUAACAUGUGUGUAAUUUCAGUGACCUUUUUAUUAUUCACAAAGCAUUUAAUAUUAGGUUUAAUGCUAUUUAUGGUAGAUUUAUGUUUUUGUUAAUUAGAAAAAGAUUUAAACAUUUCACUGUUGAGAAAGCCAAAGGCUUGCUAUAUAUGUAGAUUGAUGUACCUGAGAAAAAAAAUAGUUCAUUCUGGAUUUUUUUUUAUGUUUUUGUACUAUUUAUCUAUACUUUCGGAGAGAAAAACAUGCAUGUAUCUUAACUCAUUAACCCCUGGAGACACAUUUGAACUCUUCCUAUUCAAAGGUUGGAAUAGUUCAUUACAAAAUUCCAGGGGUGAAUGAGUUAUCUUAAAGCAUGCCAUCCAUGACAGAAUGUUUUACCUGAUUGAUGCCCUGUAUAAGUACACCAAAGCUAUUCUUGUCUUCUAACCACAUUCAAAUUCUUAUUCAGCAUUUUCUAAUAGAUUUAAUAACCAAAUAUACCAUUUAUGUACGGCAUGUGAUGUGCACACAAGUUCUACGUAAAGCAACACUCCUGGAGCUGGUGAGAUUUUAUCACCAGAGAGACCCUCCCGGAGCUGGUGGUGUUUUAUCACCAGAGACCCUCCUGGAGCUGGUGGUGUUUUAUCACCAGAAACCCUCACGGAGCUGGUGGUGUUUUAUCACCAGAGAGACCCCUGGUAGCCAAUAGUCAUGUGUCAGUCAUCUGUUACAAAUGUUGUUACCAAACUACAUGUAUGUAACAUGUAAUUCUGUAUAAAACCAUGAUCACAUUUUCA